AUGCUACGAGGAAGAUCACUGUCUGUGACCUCCCUGAGUGGGCUUCCCCUAUGGGAUGUGCAAGAACUUCCAGUAGAGGAUUUGCUGCUCUUUGAAGUUGCCUGGGAAGUGACCAAUAAAGUUGGUGGCAUCUAUACUGUAAUCCAGACCAAAGCAAAAACAACUGCAGAUGAAUGGGGAGAAAAUUAUUGUCUGAUUGGUCCAUAUUUUGAGCACAAUAUGAAGACACAAGUGGAAGAGUGUGAGCCUCCAAGCCCUGCAAUUAAAAAAGCAGUGGAAGCAAUGAACUUACACGGGUGUCAGGUUCACUUUGGAAGAUGGCUCAUAGAAGGAAGCCCUUAUGUGGUGCUGUUCGACAUAGGAUAUUCUGCAUGGAAUUUGGACAGAUGGAAAGGAGACCUCUGGGAAGCGUGCAACAUAGGAAUCCCUUACCAUGACCGGGAGGCUAACGAUAUGCUUAUAUUUGGGUCAUUAACUGCCUGGUUCUUAAAAGAGGUGACUGACCAUGUGGAUGGUAAACAUGUCAUUGCUCAAUUUCAUGAAUGGCAGGCAGGAACUGGACUAAUUCUUUCUCGAUCCAGGAGACUUCCUGUUGCCACUAUAUUUACGACCCAUGCAACACUGCUUGGAAGGUACCUCUGUGCAGCAAACAUUGAUUUCUACAACCACCUUGAUAAGUUUGACAUAGACAAGGAAGCUGGGGAGAGACAAAUUUACCAUCGGUACUGCAUGGAGCGAGCUUCCGUUCAUUGCGCUCACGUGUUCACUACGGUUUCUGAAAUCACUGCCAUCGAAGCUGAACACAUGCUGAAAAGAAAACCUGAUAUUGUUACUCCAAAUGGCCUGAAUAUUAAGAAAUUUUCAGCUGUGCAUGAAUUUCAAAAUUUGCAUGCUUUAUACAAGUCCAAGAUCCAGGAUUUUGUUCGUGGUCAUUUCUACGGUCAUCUUGAUUUCGACCUUGAAAAGACUUUAUUUCUUUUCAUUGCGGGAAGAUACGAAUUUUCAAACAAAGGAGCUGACAUCUUCUUGGAAGCUUUAUCCAGGCUAAACUUCCUCUUACGGGUCCAUAAAAAUGAUGUCACAGUUGUAGUGUUUUUCAUUAUGCCUGCCAAGACAAAUAAUUUUAAUGUGGAAACCUUGAAAGGACAAGCAGUGAGAAAGCAGCUAUGGGACACUGCAAAUUCAGUGAAGGAAAAGUUUGGAAAGAAACUAUAUGAUGCACUACUAAAAGGAGAAAUUCCUGAUUUGAACAAGAUUCUGGAUCGAGAUGAUGUGACAAUUAUGAAAAGAGCCAUCUUUUCCACUCAGCGACAAUGCUUGCCUCCAGUGACUACUCACAAUAUGAUCGAUGAUUCCACUGAUCCCAUCCUCAGCACCAUCAGGCGGAUUGGACUUUUCAAUAGCCGGACAGACAGAGUCAAGGUGAUUUUACAUCCAGAAUUCCUUUCUUCAACCAGUCCAUUAUUACCUAUGGAUUAUGAAGAGUUCGUCAGAGGCUGUCAUCUUGGAGUCUUUCCAUCAUACUAUGAACCCUGGGGUUAUACUCCAGCCGAAUGCACCGUGAUGGGUAUUCCUAGUGUGACAACAAACCUCUCCGGCUUUGGUUGUUUCAUGCAGGAGCAUGUAACUGACCCAGCUGCUUAUGGAAUUUACAUUGUUGAUAGGAGGUUCUGCUCACCAGAUGAGUCCUGCAAUCAGCUUACUCAGUUUCUCUAUGGAUUCUGCAAACAGUCUCGUCGUCAGAGGAUUAUUCAGAGGAACAGAACUGAAAGACUCUCUGAUUUGUUAGACUGGAAAUACUUAGGCAGGUACUACAUGCAUGCCAGAAACCUGACCCUGAGCAGAGCUUUUCCAGAAAAAUUUCAUGUUGAAUCUUCACCAACGGAGACACAAGAUUUUAAAUUUCCAAGGCCUUCAUCAGUGCCACCAUCACCUACAAGUUCUCAGCAUUCCAGUCCUCAAGACAGUGAUGUAGAAGAUGAGGAUGAGAGAUAUGAUGAAGAAGAGGAGGCUGAAAGGGAUCGCUUGAAUAUUAAAUCUCCCUUUACUUUGGGUCAAGUCCCUCAUGAAAAGAAAAAACAACAUGGUGAACACAAGAAUUGAAUUUCUCUACUGUCUCUUUCUCAUGUCUGUUUAUCUUCUUUAAGACAGCAACUUCAAAACAGAAAGUACAUAGUCAUUAAAGAUCAUCGCGUUUUAAGGGACCUAAACUAACAUAACUAAAAUUUUCUUUAAAGAAAUGAAACGAACUUUAGACAAAGUGUUUUUUCCUCUUAUAAUUAGUAAUAAUGGAAAACCAGUCACUACUGGAAAGGUGAAAGAGAUCGAAAUACAUGGCAAUUUAUUUCCACUAUCCUCAGAAUAAAAGCCAAUAAAUAAAAUUCAUUGUUUUA